CCCACUGCAUGUUGUCAAUAAGAAGUGGACCUGAUGGGGAACUGUGAUGCAAUGAUGGCUUUCAAGGUACACAAUACAAACGCUGAACAAAUGAUACAUAUUCCAGUCCAGGGGCGGACUGACAACUCAUGGGGCCCCCGGGCAAUAGGGGAUCAUGGGGCCCCUGUGUCCUUGCCCAAACUCAAAAAAGCCUAUGAAAAAGGUACCAGGGGCAUCUCAUGGGGCCCCCUACUGACCCCGGGCCCUCGGGCAGUGCCCGAGUUUCCAAAUGGUCAGUCCGCCCCUGUUCCAGUCACA